AAUUGUAGUAAUGAAGUGUGGAAUUCAAAGAGAGAGUCUUACCAGUUUGCUAAUUACAGUGGAGGAGGACAGAAGUAUACCUGUAGCUUAAACUGCUCUACUCAGUCAUACUCAAAAAAGACAAGCAUGCCUGGUGCAGACAGAAGAGAGAUGCAAGAGAACCAACUUUUGAACCACACAGCUGACAAGGAGCAAAGACCAUUACCUGUGAGAAGCAACUGUGCUGGAAACCUGUCUCAACGUGAGAAAAAACUCCAAGAGGCUAUUUGUGUGCUGCUGGUGGAGCUGUGUGAGAGAUUCACGUUCUUUGGCAUUGUCUGCAAUAUGAUCCUUUUCUGCACUGUCAAACUUGGCUAUCGCAACUACCAGGCAGCUAUUGUCAAUAUGUGCUUUGUAGGCACCUCCAUGUUAACGCCGGUACUGGUUGGCUGGCUUGCUGAAUACCUGGUGGGGAGGAUCAAGCUUGUGUGCAUCUGCAUGUUUCUACACUUCCUAGGCACAGCCCUAUUACCUGUUGUGGCAUUCCCCUUUGAAGAUAUUUACAUUGACAGACGACAUAUUCUUCAUACACUAACCAAAAGAGAGCAGAAAAUAAUAUUCUACUUUGCACUGCUCACAGCUAGUCUGGGAAUAGGAGGCAUAAGAGCUAUAGUUUGUCCGUUAAGUGCAUACAACCUUGAGGACUGUGGACCAAAGGAACUUCUUUCUUUUUUCAACUGGUUUUACUGGCUGAUUAACUUAAAUUCAGCAGUUGUCUUUGUCACCAUUUCUUAUAUCCAGCAGUCUGUGGCCAAGAACCUUGGUUUUCUUCUCCCAUUUGUGUCCAUGCUUAUGGCUGUGAUCACAAUUCACAUGGUGCGUGGUGAAAUGAUUUACAAACCCAAAACAGACAGUUCCCUGCUGACAACUUUUGGGGUAAUUGCUAGUGCACUGAAAACAUGCUGUGUGCGAUAUCGCUACUUUAGUGGAAGCGUGACAAACUGGCUGGAUCAUGCCAAGGAAAACUAUGGUGGUCAGUACAGUGAGACUCAGGUGGAGAGCACAAAGUCGCUCGCCAGGCUCUUCCCGUUGUUUGCUUUCCAAAUUCUAUACAGAACAUGUAUCAUGCAGAUUCCUUCAGGAUAUUAUCUCCAAACCAUGAAUUCCAACUUGCACUUCAGUGGAUUUCUUUUACCAGUUGCAGCAAUGAAUGUGAUAAGCAUCGUGCCACUACUGAUUCUUGUUCCAAUUUUGCAAUGCAUUAACUCAUAUCUCUUUAGUUCCAAGGACACUGGACAUUCUCCAACAAUUUACAUUGUUGUAGGUCACUUAUUUGCUGCACUUUCUGUGAUGGUUGCUGGCUUCUCCGAAAUACACCGAAAGCACUUCCCUCAGGUGGAGCAAAUGCUUUCCAAGGAGGUUCUCCUGGUCUCCUCCAUGCCUUGCUUCCACCUAGCUCCUCAGUACAUCCUACUGGGAGUGGCUGAAGCUUUGGUAACUCCUUCCUGUUCCUUACUUUCAUUCUGGCUUGUGCCAGAAAGAAUUAGAGGGAUUUCCAUGCAUUUUUUAACUCUCUUUAAUGGAGCUGGCUGCUUUAUGGGAGCUUUCUUUGUUCAGACAGCUCAUGCAGGCACUCAAGGAAACUGGUUUCCACACUUGCUACAUGAAGGUAAAUUGGAGAGAUUCUUCUUCUUCUUGGCUUCCUUAAUGACAGUGAACACCCUGGGGUUCUGGACCGUUGCACACAGAUACAAGAGUCUGAAUCAGGAAUGCACCAAUGAAUUCAGAGGAAGUCUUCCCGAAGAAAAACUUUUGAAGCAUGAAAAAGCCAUCAAGUGUUAUGAUAGUGUUCUGGAACAUUCUCCCAUUUUGUCUCCUAUGGAGAAACCCUGAUAAAAUUUCAGUCUUGUUUACUGGAUUUUGAUUGUGUUACCAACAAGCUUUCUAACACUAGAUUACCUUAUGUGGUUAAAUGGAACUGCCAAUGUAUUUAUGAAUUACCUUAGGAAUAAUAAUGUUAUUUAUAAGUUUACAAAAUAGCUGUCAUCAUAGGAUUUGGUCUUGUAGAAUGCUGCACUGUCAUGAUGCACAUCAAGAACAAUGAGAGCUCACUGCUUGGCAUAGGUGAUGGAGAGAGUCCUUUAAUCUCUGUAGGGAAACAGAUAGGUAUCCACAUGUAUUUGUACUUAGUAAUGGUUCAAAAUUAAUAAACUCAUGUCUCCAUUUGUUUAGCAAAUUACUUUGAAAGUAUCAUUUCAAAAUAAUUUUGGAGGUUGGUAUUGACUGGUUGAUACUUGCAAAGGUGGGAGACUUGCAUGCUGCUCUUGGCUCUGCUACUUAUAUGCUACCCACCUUCAGCAAGUAGCUUUUUAACUUAGUUUCCCCUUCAGUAAAACUGGCACAGCCAUGCUCAGCAUUUUGGCAAAUUGCUUUGAGAUCUAACAAAAAUAUGCUAGAAACUAUAUACCAGUAAUAAAUCCAUAAAGUCUGUCAUGAAACAUUGAUGCUGAGGCAUGUAGUCUCUUAUUUGGCAGAAGCACUAUGAGAUUGGUCAUUCCUAAAGGAUGAUGUACAGAAAAUUGUGAACAGGAGAACUGGAAACUAAAAUUAAUUUACAUAAAAAUUACUAAUUGUAGCCUGAUUGAAGGGGGUGAAAAGAAUUAGGAAGAAGAGGAGUAGGAAAAGCGCAGAUGCAGCUGGAAGUGGAGAAAGGAAUUAUUAGCAAAAUGCAUUCCAUUUUACAGAUGUAAACAGAAUUAAGCACCUCCAAAUUUGUCAGACCUAGGUGUUGUGAGUGAUGCUCAGAUAGCACUUAACUUGUGUUUUUUUGGUGGGUGUUUGUUUGUUUGUUUUGGUGUUUUGGUUUUUUUUUGGGGGGGGGUGUUUUGUUUUUGUUUUAGAGUCAUAUUAUUGAACAGAGAAUGAGGAUAGAAGUGGGGUCUUUAUGUGUUAAGGAAACAUGUUGAACCUGAAAACCAAAGUAACACUUUGAUAUCAAGAAGUAGUAGUCAAGCCAGAACACUUGCUAGGUGUGAGGAGCACUCUACCACAGGAGAAACUACAUGGAAGGAAUAUAAUGCACUGAAGUGACAGAGAGGGUAGUUGGUGAGUUGAAACUAUGAAAGAGGUCAUAAGGGAAAUCACCUCUACACUGUUAACCAUGUUUAAUGCUGCAAUUUGGUGUUGGGCAUUGUGGGAGGGAGAGAAAAAUGUAGUAACUACAUCUAAGAAGGAGGAAGGCAGGCUCUCAGGAGCUUUUAAGUUUGAUCUUGCUACUAUUUAAGAUUAAAAAAAAAAUAAAA